GAACGGAUAUGGACACAAAUCACAGUUCUGUUCUCUCCAUUGCUGGCACCGAUUCAACAAGGCUUUCUUAACAUUAAGGUUUCACCUAAACGGGCUGGAGAAAAAAGGGAGGACUCGUGCGACAGAAUCUGGGGACGAAAAUGAUAUAAUGGCAGCUAAUUUCAUCUACGAACUUUGGUUAGGAAGAAAAUCAGUUCCAGUUCUGGUGGGAUUCGGUGUGAAAUAAAUCAUGAAGUCUUCAGCUUCCAGAAUAUCAACGUUCUCCUCCAGGGACUCAUUGUGGAACCGGAUGCCCGAUCAAAUCUCGGUGUCGGAGUUUAUAGCCGAGACGACGGAAGAUUACAACUCGCCGACUACAUCCAGCUUCACCACCAAACUGCUCAACUGCAGGAACACGGCGACCCUGCUCGAGGAGACAUUAGACUUGGACAAAAAUGCACUACAAAAAGUAAAGAAAUCGGCAAAAUCAAUAAACACUUCAGGUCAAGAACAUGUGCAAAAUGAAGAGAACUAUGCACAAGCACUAGAUAAAUUUGGUAGUAAUUUUUUAAGUCGUGAUAAUCCAGAUCUUGGCACAGCUUUUGUUAAAUUUUCCACACUCACAAAGGAACUUUCAACAUUGCUGAAAAAUCUGCUGCAGAAUCUUAGUCAUAAUGUCAUCUUCACUUUGGAUUCACUAUUGAAGGGAGAUCUGAAAGAUGUCAAGGGGGAUCUGAAGAAACCUUUUGACAAGGCAUGGAAGGAUUAUGAAACAAAAUUUGCUAAAAUUGAAAAGGAGAAAAGAGAACAUGCAAAGCAGCAUGGGAUGAUUCGAACUGAAAUUACAGGAGCCGAAAUAGCAGAAGAAAUGGAAAAGGAGCGGCGGGUCUUUCAACUCCAGAUGUGUGAGUAUCUCAUUAAAGUGAAUGAAAUCAAGACAAAAAAGGGUGUGGACCUGCUCCAAAAUCUCAUCAAAUAUUACCAUGCACAAUGCAAUUUUUUUCAGGAUGGUUUAAAAACAGCAGAUAAGCUGAAACAGUAUAUUGAAAAACUGGCUGCUGAUUUAUAUAAUAUCAAGCAAACACAGGAUGAAGAAAAGAAGCAACUGUGCACACUCCGUGACAUGCUCAAAUCCUCACUGCAACUUGAACAGAAAGAGGAUUCUCAAAGUAGACAGUCGGGAUAUAGUAUGCACCAGCUUCAAGGCAAUAAGGAGUAUGGCAGCGAGAAGAAGGGAUAUCUCAUGAAAAAAAGUGAUGGUCUUCGAAAAGUUUGGCAGAGAAGAAAAUGCACGGUCAAGAAUGGCUACUUGACGAUAUCACAUGCAACUCCCAACAGACAACCAGCACGACUGAAUCUGCUGACAUGCCAGGUGAAACCAACCGCUGAUGAGAAGAAGUGUUUUGAUUUGAUAUCACACAACAGGACCUAUCAUUUCCAAGCAGACGAUGAACAGGAAUGCCUAGUAUGGAUAUCAGUAUUAACCAACAGUAAAGAGGAAGCAUUAAACAUGGCAUUCAGAGGAGAGCAAACCAGUGGGGAGAACAGCAUAGAAGACCUAACCAAAGCCAUCAUUGAAGAUGUGCAGCGGAUGCCUGGCAAUGAUGUCUGUUGUGAUUGUGGAGCUCCAGAUCCUACUUGGCUGUCAACCAACCUAGGAAUUUUGACAUGUAUAGAAUGUUCUGGAAUACACAGAGAAAUGGGAGUGCAUAUUUCUAGAAUACAGUCCCUAGAACUGGAUAAAUUAGGAACCUCUGAACUCUUGCUGGCCAAGAAUGUAGGAAAUAUCAGUUUUAAUGAAAUUCUGGAAGCCAAUCUGCCGCAUCCAUCACCAAAGCCAAUUCCACAUAGUGACAUGACUGCACGUAAAGAAUACAUACAUGCAAAAUAUGUAGACCAUAAAUUUGCCAAAAGGUUAUGCACCUCUUCUUUAGCUAAAAUGAAUGAGUUGUUGGAAUCUGUGAAAUCCAGGGAUUUACUUGCACUAAUUCAAGUCUAUGCAGAGGGAGUUGAACUAAUGGAGCCACUACCAGAUCUUGGACAGGAGCCAGGGGAGACGGUGCUUCAUCUAGCAGUGCGAACUGCUGAUCGGACCUCACUCCACCUGGUUGACUUUCUUGUACAGAACAGUGGUAAUCUGGACAAACCGACUACGAAAGGAAACACAGCUGUACAUUACUGCUGCAUGUUGGAUAAAGUGGAAUGUUUAAAAUUGCUUCUUCGGGGCAAACCAAGUUUAAAUCUAGUAAACCAGAGUGGAGAGACAGCUCUCGAUAUAGCAAGAAGAUUGCAGCGUGCACAGUGUGAAGAACUGAUCAGUCAAGCUGCUUUAGGAAAAGUUAAUCCUCACGUUCAUGUAGAAUAUGAAUGGCAAUUACGGCAAGAAGAGAUUGAUGAAAGUGAUGAUGACUUGGAUGUAAAGACCAGCCCUGUAAAGAAAGAGCGUUCUCCAAGGCCACAGAGCUGCUGCCACUCUUCUAGUCUCUCCCCACAAGAAAAACUUAUGAUCCCAGGACUUGGCAUAGCACGGGAAAAGCAACGAUUAUCAUAUGGGGCAUUUAGUAAUCAAAUAUAUGGAAGUGGCACAGAUUCUCCAACAUCACCAGCCACUGAUGCCCCUCCUCUUCCUCCUAGGAAUCCAAGCAAAGCUCCACAUGGCCCAGUUCCUCCUUCAGUCCUUCCUGUAGGUACCCAGGUCACAACCGGCAGCUCCACUCUAUCAAAGAAGAGACCACCACCCCCACCCCCUGGACACAAACGAACCUUAUCUGACCCACCAAGUCCGCUACCUCAUGGUCCCCAGAAUAAAGGUCUGAUUCCUUGGGGCACAGAUUCUGGUCCUCCACAACCAAACCGAUCAGGAAAUAAGUUUGAAGGAUUGCCUCAACAAUCAAGUACUGGAACUGGAACCACAAAAACUGCCUUAGGCCCACGAGUGCUUCCAAAACUACCUCAAAAAGUGUCCCUGAGAAAGAUUGAUAGUAUCCAUCACAGUUCAAUGGAUAAAUCAAGUCCGGAGACCUUUCAGAAGCUGCAUCCAGGAGACUUGCCCCAGAAGCUACAUGUGGAAGACCUGCCCCAGAAGCCGCAUCCGGGAGACUUGCCCCAUAAGCCACAUCCGGGAGACCUGCCCCAGAAGCCGCAUCCGGGAGACCUGCCCCAGAAGCCGCAUCCAGGAGACCUGCCCCAGAAGCCGCAUCCGGGAGACCCGCCCCAGAAGCCGCAUCCGGGAGACCUGCCCCAGAAGCCGCAUCCGGGAGACCUGCCCCAGAAGCCGCAUCCGGGAGACCUGCCCCAGAAGCCGCAUCCGGGAGACCUGCCCCAGAAGCCGCAUCCGGGAGACCUGCCCCAGAAGCCGCAUCCGGGAGACCUGCCCCAGAAGCCGCAUCCGGGAGACCUGCCCCAGAAGCCACAUCCGGGAGACCUGCCCCAGAAGCCACAUCCGGGAGACCUGCCCCAAAAACCCAAAGAACUGCCACCGAAGCCACAGCCAGGAGAAAUCCCUCAAAAACCCCACGUCGAAAUCAUCCAAAAGCCCCACCUUGGGGAGGUACCUCAAAAGCAACAGGCUCAAGAGAUUUCUCCAAAACCACAGACAGGAGAUACACUGCCGAGACAAGCAUCUGAAGAUGCAAAUGGUACAUCUCCCAGUCUACCUGAGACCCCUGUGCCCCUACCUAGGAAGAUAAAUGCAGCAAAGAACAAAAUCCGCCGAGUAAAAACCAUAUAUGAUUGCCAAGCGGACAAUGAUGAUGAACUUACCUUUAUUGAGGGAGAGGUGAUUGUUGUGACAGGUGAAGAGGACCAGGAGUGGUGGAUUGGCUAUAUUGAGGGGCAACCUGACAGAAGUGGUGUCUUUCCAGUGUCCUUUGUGCACAUUUUAUCUGAUUAACAGCCUAUGAACUUCAGUGUCACACAUUCACAGCGGUGGAUGCUUCCAGUUGAUGUAAAGCGGCUGCAACUUCCUUAUUUGUGUGCAUAUUUUGUACAUAGACGAUCAAGAAAAUCAUUUAAGAUCCACCUCACGAGGUGACUGUAUUGUAAAUACUGUGUUACUUGCCUUUGCCAGUAUUAUAAUAGCCUUGGAACCAGGCACGCCUUAUUUGGUGUACUGCAGCCAUCCAUGGCAUCUAGCACUUAUUAAACUUACCUAUGCUGUUGAUGGGAUACAUCUGCCUGCUUGUCAGAUUAUAGGCAGCCUCAUUUAGUAAUUUAACUAUAUAAGCUUGACUUUUGUUCUUGACAUCAUCUCAGUAUUUUGAAUAAAGUAAAAUUAGUGGUUUUGCUGAGGAUAGGUUCGGGUUUCAGUUUGCACUGAUCCUCUUUGUCCUUCUGCUUUUAACAUGGAUGCUGUGCAUACUGUUCUUAAUGUACUCAUGGGAUUAUAUGUGGUUUUAAUUGUAAGUAAUCAGACAGUUACUUGAGAGUGAAUGACCAGGGAACUUGUUAAAGUUUCUUUUACCUCAUUCUGAGGAGACAGAUGUUGAGAAUUCCGCACAAGGAUUUAUUACCUGUUACAGAUAAACAGUUUAACAGAUUAAGUUGUUCCAAGAGAGCCUUUUGGAGGAUCCAUUGAGAAUAAAUGAAAAACUGCAAAUGUAUUUCUAAUUUUCAAGUCUGGUGUUAGGAUUUUAGAGCAGUGCUUGGAUUACUCGGGUUAGUUUGUUGGGGGUGAAAAAUUUCCACUUCCUUCUCAUCCAUUCACUUUUUAAAUGUUACUAGCCUAAAUAAAUAGGUUAUGUUCCAUCUCAAUCAUCAAUGCAAUUGUGGUAGUUUAAUUUGUAACAAAAAGAUUUGGAUGUCUCCGAAGAACCUGUAUGAUUUUGGAUAUAGCUGAUUGAGUUACAGGACAUUAGCACAAACAAGUCCAGUUUUAACUGUGACAGAGGGAAUGUCACUGCCUCCUGCACCAGAGAGAUGGAUGACCUUAAGUUAACUCUUCGCUGUGGUAACAACACCUGGGAGUGGAGACCCUCAAAAAUUGAUUAGUCACAGAUACUUGUUCAAACAGUACACAGCGUAGGAGCAGCUGUAUACACAUUAUGAAAUGUGUACAGUUAUCCAUUUUCAAAUAUAUAAAAACUGUACUACAUAUGUUUACAUCAUUUGGAAUAGUACACCAUUGCACGUAAAACUCUAAGCUGAAGGCACCAUUCUAAAAUCUGUCAAAUACUUAAUUCUCCUUCCUCUCUUUUGUUGUUGUUCAAAAUACAUUACCAUUGGACACUAUGAAGUGCAGAGUUUCAUUGCAAGUAUGAUCUUGAAAGUUGCUGUUUGUGAUACAGCGUACAUUCACAUGAAACAGACUUUGUCUUUGAAUGUAUUAACUUAAUCAUUGUGUGGUUAAUUGGCCAUUUUGGAGGGAGAGAGAGGCAGGCUUUACAUAUUCUUUUUAAACAAAAUACCUACAAAUUCAAACUGGUUACUUGUGCUCUGUCAUAGAGAAUAAAUUGCAUUAUUUGCACAAAUCUUGAACUGCUUGUGGAACAAAGUGACAAUGGAUCUUUAGGUUGCUUAAGGCUUUAAUGACUAUACAGCUUCAUAUUCAUUACUGAUAUUCAGUUACUCCAACUCAUUUUAGGGACCAAAAAUAAAAUACAAUUCUGAAAGGAGGCCUGCUUACAUUUCAUACCUUUGCAAGAAAAAGGUAGGUCUUGAUACAAUUAAAAUAUUCAGUUAAUGUGGGGUUAAGCUUAACUCUAAUGACAACUGAUUACAUUAUUCUUUAUAAGGAUGUAAUUUAAUUCUUAAUAAAGGUACCUAUUUCUUUAAGUAAACUUAGAUGAAAAGGAAUAAAAAUUAAAUUGAAUAUCGUGUAUUACCUGUAUGAGAUAAGACUUCUAGCCUGGUGCUGCAGUGGUCUUGUACUAUGCUGAACUGUUCCAAGUACACCUCCUAUAUUCAGUCUCUCAGAUGUUCAGGUCUGCAGAACGUGACUGGGUCCCAAACCUUCCCCUGCCCCCACACCCCCAGCAAUUUGAAAUUUUCAGUUGUUUAAUUUUAUCUUAUUUGUGUCCCAAGUGGAGAAGUGGACAAGUUAUUGAUUAUGGAUUUUGUGAUGCAUUCAUUACACGCAGUUGCCAUAGUUACUGCAUUAAAUUGGCGGAGUUUGGUUAGCCAGAGCUUUUUGUAUAAACCAGUGUGUAAUCACGGACAGUUGAAGAUCAAUAUUUUGUUGACUACAUUCAAAUUUGAAUUGAUGGUGCAUUGUGCUUAAAGCUACAAUUUUAUGCUACUAUUUCAAAUGAAUUUACUUCAUUUUAAAAUAGUUCUAAAUGCAUAACUUAUAAUCACAUGUAGAAUGAUGAGCAAUUAUUGUGGAUUUUAGCACUUUGCUCUGAUUCUUUCAAUAAUGUAUGCCUUUUAUCCUGGAUUAGACUUCCCUUAAAGUAUGUAUUCAGUAAAUCAGGUGGUACAGUCAACCUACUGGAUGUAAAGGUGUGCAAUAUGACCGCGGCUUACCAUGUCAUGUGUUUGCAGUCUGUUCUUUUUUAUUAAUGUACAAAAAUUGCUAUUGGAAGAUAUUUUAAAAAGCAAAAUUGUUUAUGUUCCAAUGUUAUACUGCAACAUAAAAUCCUAUGACAUGUU